GAAAAAUUCUUAGUAAAAGACAAACAAAACAGCAAAAUGAAUCAGGAAUGAGUAUAGAAAAUGGGAGCAGAUGUCCAAGAUGGUCAACAGCAAUUUAUGGAACUAGACUUAAUGAGUUAGAUACAACCAGAAGAAUCCUAAAGUCAAAGGCAAUGAGUGUCACAAGAGACAUUAUUGCAAAAACUUAUGGAUCAAAAGCUAAUAGUAUAGGCAAAGAAAAUACAGAUAAUAAUAUGAAAGCAAUUGAUAAUACAAAAAAAGAUGAAAAAGGUAAAGGGAAAGAGAUUAUCACUGAAACAGAAAAAGAAAAUAAUGAAACAAAUGAGCAAAAUAUUACAAAUACAAAAACAGAAGAUAAUGGAUCAGUAAACUCAGAAGAUAGUUUCUUAAGUGUACAUGAGGAAUGGAGAAAAAAAAUUAAUUUACAAAAGUAUAAAGCAUGGAUUAAAACAGGAGAAGUUCAUGGAAAAAACUUAAAAGACAAAAUUGAAAUUACAGGAGAAUGUAGAGCUAAAAUAGUAAAUACAGUUUUGAAAACUUGUCACAGAUGUCAUGCAGAAGAUCAUCUUGUGAUCAUUUGUCUUGUGGCAAAAGAUUUUGAAAAAUAUGGACAAUUAUAUAAAAGACAAAGGCCACAACUAUAUAAAUCUCUAAUGGGAAGAAUUAACAUGGGAACAAGUUACUCAGAUGCUGUUAAAAAUAAUAUAAAUAGAAAAACUAAAAAUAAUAUAAUGGAAAAGAAUGAUACAACAAAUGAAAAUAUUAUGAACAU